GGCUGUGGCUGGGUUGCUACAUGAUGGAUGGCGCCGGGGCGCAGGAGACGGCCUGCGAGGUCCAGGCCGAGGGGAGGCCCCUCAUCUACUACGACAGCGUCCCCCCGGGCGUCCACCUCCUGGUGCCCGGCUUCGAGGCCUACCGCGCGAUCCUGACCGAACUGGCGCAGGAACGGGACAGGGCGACCGCCUCGCUCAGGAGGGCGUUGGCGAUGGGGGCGGCCGUGACCAACCAUUCCAGCGGCCCGAUCGAGGUGGGGGAGGUUUUCCUGUACCCGCAGAGCAGGGUGGAGUGGGACGUGCCGAACGUUCUGGUCUGCCUGGUGACCGGCCUGUUCCCUCCCUCCGUCAGCGUCAGCCUGCAUCUGGACGGCGCCCUCCUCGGCUCCCACCUCAACUCCUCAAAGGCCUUCUUCGGCGAAGACUGGCGGUUCUGGGCCCUCUGGUACGCCCGCAUCCUGCCGCGCCCCGGGCACCUCUACUCGUGUGCCGUGAGGCACCACCUGAGCCGAGAGGACUUGGUGGUCUACUGGGAACCAGAAACCACGAAUGUCUGGGAAGGAUCUGUCCAGGAUUCAGCUCAACUGGCGGUGUUAGCCUGUGGGCUAUUGGUCGGGAUCCUGGGAGUGAUAGCUGGGAUCAUCCUGUGCGUCUGGACGCCGGCUGGGGUUAGCUGGAGGGGGUUAACCUGCAGCUCUGCCUGGUGACAGCGCUCAGAUUCUGUCUGAAGAGACUUCGCCAGAGGGUAUGCCUCCCAGCCUGCCCUGCCCCCCCCCCCCCCCC